CACUCACCCUGCCCCCCUUGCUCCGUCCUCGUCACCCGCCCCCUUUCUCUCUCUCCCUCGCUCCUUAAGUCUCCAGUCUGCUUCUGUUGUCUCGGCGGCUGGUAGGGUCUGGGAGAGAGGAUCUCGCGAGUCUUGGAGUUUUGGUGAGAGUUUGUGGAAGAUGGCGCCUGUUGUGACAGGGAAGUUUGGGGAGCGCCCUCAACCACAGCGCCUGACGAGAGAAGCCAUGCGGAAUUACCUGAAGGAACGAGGAGACCAAACUGUGCUCAUCCUACACGCUAAAGUUGCACAGAAAUCAUACGGCAAUGAAAAAAGGUUUUUCUGUCCUCCCCCUUGUGUGUAUCUGAUGGGCUGUGGAUGGAAGAAGAAGAGGGAGCAGAUGGAGCGAGACGGCUGUUCCGAGCAGGAGUCUCAGCCCUGCGCCUUCAUCGGCAUCGGCAACAGUGACCAGGAGAUGCAGCAGCUAAACUUAGAGGGGAAGAACUAUUGCACAGCCAAAACAUUGUACAUCUCAGACUCAGACAAACGCAAGCACUUCAUGCUGUCGGUGAAGAUGUUCUACGGGAACAGCGCAGACAUCGGCGUCUUCCUCAGCAAGAGGAUCAAGGUCAUCUCCAAACCUUCCAAAAAAAAACAGUCCCUCAAAAACGCAGACCUCUGCAUAGCAUCAGGAACGAAAGUGGCGUUAUUUAACCGACUUCGCUCGCAGACGGUCAGUACACGUUACCUGCACGUAGAGGGAGGAAAUUUUCAUGCCAGCUCACUGCAGUGGGGAGCUUUCUACAUCCACCUCUUGGAUGAUGAAGAGUCGGAGGGAGAGGAGUUCACUGUGCGAGACGGCUACAUUCACUAUGGUCAAACUGUCAAACUCGUGUGCUCUGUGACAGGCAUGGCUCUUCCGCGACUGAUCAUCCGUAAGGUGGAUAAGCAGACCGCCUUGCUGGAUGCAGAUGACCCCGUCUCUCAGCUGCAUAAGUGUGCCUUUUACCUGAAGGAUACGGAGAGGAUGUACCUGUGCCUUUCUCAAGAGAGGAUCAUUCAAUUUCAAGCUACUCCAUGCCCAAAGGAACCAAAUAAGGAGAUGAUAAAUGAUGGUGCCUCCUGGACAAUCAUCAGCACUGAUAAAGCAGAAUACACCUUCUAUGAGGGCAUGGGCCCUGUACACACCCCCGUCACACCCGUGCCUGUGGUCGAGAGCUUACAGUUAAAUGGUGGAGGAGACGUAGCAAUGCUGGAGCUGACUGGACAGAACUUCACUUCAAAUCUGCGGGUGUGGUUUGGUGAUGUAGAGGCUGAAACCAUGUACAGGUGUGGCGAGAGCAUGCUGUGCGUCGUCCCAGACAUCUCGGCGUUCCGCGAGGGCUGGCGGUGGGUGCGGCAGCCGGUGCAAGUCCCUGUAACGCUGGUGCGUAACGACGGUAUCAUCUAUUCCACGACGCUCACGUUCACAUACACACCCGAACCCGGUCCCCGUCCACACUGCAGCGCAGCCGGCGCCAUCCUCCGAACGGGCAACACCAGCUUGCUCUCCACGACCGGCAACAGCGCAGGAGGGAACGGAGAAACGGCGCCCUACGGUGCCAACAGCACAUCUAACGCCGUCACAGCGGCGUCCUCUAAUGCAGCCGCGGCUGUGGUGUUAUAACACGCAGCAGCGCUCACAAACUCACAACAGACUACAAACUGUUUGUAAAAGUGCUGCAUAUUGAAUUUCAACAUGCAAAAACAAGGGAUAGAUGGGUGAAAAAGGCUAAACCUGUGGCAAGGACAAAAUAUUUGAGAAUGGUUCUCCUGUGCCCUCUUGUUGUUUUCUCUAAGGAGCCGGUGUGGUGCUAGCAAUAGACAAUGCCUGAGAGGAAACACCAGCACCGGACAACAGGUGUAGAAGACAUGGAGACAAGACCACAGCAAUGAUACAUCAGCUGUGUACAAAAUGCGUCGACUGAAAAUGAUGUUCAGUCUCUUAUGUUUCUUCCUUCCGGUCUGUGAAUGCGAUUGGGUGAGAUGUAUCAUAGCCUGGGAGGUCUAAACUCACAUUGAAAAUGGUCACAUUGAAAUUGUGAGAUGACCGUUUUUAUGGACCACGGAUAUUGUAUAAGCUUUAGUAAAGGUACUUUUUUUUUUUUUCUCCAUACCUUUUUUAUAUCGAACAUUAUAGUAUGCUUUUGUUACCAAAUAGGUUCUAUUCCUCCUCUGAGCUUUUUCUGUAUAUAGCUGCUUUCGUAUACAUCUGUUCGGUUAGAUUCCUUCAGUUUUGCUACUUUGUAUUUUCUAAAACCAUUGUUUUUUUCCCCUCCUUUUUGUUUUCCAUUCAGAUUAGUUGUUCUCAUUUUUCAUUUGGAAGAAACUCAGAGGACCUGUUUUUUUAUCCUUCGUUUUUAUGAAGUCUUUAAAAAGAAAAGAGCUUUAAGCAAUGCCUCUGCCUUGCCUGCAUUACGAUAUGCGCUACGCUUCCUUUAAGCAUUUCAUCGAUGUGUCUCACAAAAGGAACAAUGCCAUCUUUCUGUCUUAUUUGGGAAUUUAAACCAGAAAACACAAAAUAGAGGCUUUAGAUGCAACGUGUGUCUCUUCGAUACGGUAGUUCAUUUGUUCUAGAGCACGGGUAGGAGCUCACAUAUCAAUUUCAGAAAGUUCGCUGCAGUUGGAUAUUUGUAACGUUAAAGUUCGGACACGAGUUUAGACUCCUAUAGUUUUUAGUGCCGUUUUAUACUGUUUCCUUUCUCAAAUUCAGUUGUUCGUCUUCCUAAACUUCCGUUUGCAUUUUCUAAAAUUUGAAAUGGUCUCAAAAACAGAUGAUUUGGAGACGUGCUCUACUAUUAGAUGUGGCCUUACUGGAACAAAGGUUCCCCGUUUAGUUCACUCCUUCAAAAGGAGGUGUACAAACGCGACCCGAGGAACCAAGCCUUGCAUUUUGAACAUUUUACAUGCGAUUUUUGAUAUUUAAACUCCCUUAAACUUUCGUUUGGAUUUAAAAGAUUUCAAUGUGUAAUAGAUACGAACAUACCCAAAGAUAUUAUAUUGGAUUGUUGUCUCUGUUUUUUGAAUAUUCGAAGAGUAUGUCGGGAUUUGUGGCCUCUCGCACACCAAAAGUAGGAAGCUUUACGCCGUUGGUCAUUGAUGCGUUUAUCGUGGCCUUGGUGUCUCACCAACUAGUAGACUAGUAUUAAUGACAAAAACAAAAAAAACUAGCUGUAAUUAACUCAUCAACCAGCACUAAUAGUGUUUUGUGACUUUCUUUUUUAUGUACAGUAAUUUAACUUUUGAAUUUUAUGCGUCUAUUUGUAAAAAAAAAAAAAACAAAAGUAAGAAAAA